ACUAGAAGCUCUACACGCUCUACCAGUGAAGGCCUUACACCCUCUCCUCCUUACAUCCCGCGCGGCAGCGACCAAGGAGAGCCGUAAGCCUCUCUUCUACCCCACGGCGAAGCCACUUCCGUUGGUCAGCUCGUCCUAUCCCACGCCUCACAUCCCACGCCCGUCCCACUUCCCGCCGACAUGGCGCCCUCCGCGAUGGGCGAGCCGGCGCCAAUGCACCUACCCGCCGCCUCAAAAGCUUCGACGAUUAACGCCUCUGUCUUACAUGGGCCGCGCGAUCUACGAAUGGAAACGCGGACCAUCGAGGAACCGGGCAUCGGCGAGCUUCAAAUCGCCGUCCACACAACCGGCAUCUGCGGGUCCGAUGUCAGCUAUUACAAGAAGUUCGCCAAUGGCGACCUCUGCGCCUGCAUGCCGCUCUCGCUCGGCCACGAGUCGUCCGGCACGGUCGUUGCCAUCGGUGCCCAGGUGACAGGCUUCAGUAUUGGCGACCGGGUGGCACUCGAGGUCGGCAUCCCUUGUGGUCAGUGUGGCAUCUGUCGCCAGGGCAGGUAUAACCUGUGCAAACGCAUGAGAUUCAGGAGUAGCGCCAAAUCAGUGCCCCAUUUCCAGGGCACAUUGCAGGAGAGAAUCAACCAUCCCGCAGCGUGGUGCCACAAGCUUCCGGACAAUAUCUCUUUCGAUGCCGCUGCCCUGCUUGAGCCGCUGUCAGUCGCUAUCCAUGCCGUUAACCGGGCGAGGCCAACCCCCGGUUCAACCGCUCUGGUCAUCGGCGCUGGCGCCGUUGGCCUGCUUACCGCCGCGAUGGCCAGGCAAUCCGGCUGCUCCGUGGUAACCAUCGCCGACGUCGACCAGGGCCGUGUUGACUUCGCUAUCGCCAAGGGCUUUGCAACGCACGGCUUUGUCGUUCCAAGACCGCUGCAUACCUGCUCCAGCAGCUCUUCAAUGUACAGCGGCAGCAGCUCUGGCACCUCGACACCCCUAGAUGGCGUCAUGACUCCCGGGAGCACAUAUUCCUUCCAAAGCCAACUUGACUACGCCAAGACCCUUGCCGCAGACAUGCUUGGGUUGACGAGCACCUCUAACCCCCUGCUCGUGGACGACGAGGAUGACGGUGUCGACGUCACCUUUGAAUGCACCGGCAAGGAGGUGUGCAUGCACACCUCCCUCUACGCCACCCGUCCCGGCGGCAAGGUCAUCAUGGUCGGCAUGGGCACGCCGAUCCAGACGCUGCCCAUGUCGGUCGCGCACCUCCGCGAGAUCGAUAUCUUGGGCAUCUUCCGUUAUGCCAAUACCUAUGCGACGGGCAUCAGGAUACUGUGUGCCAGGGAGAAGACGCCGUCUGCCGCUGGGUAUAUCAUACCGAACCUGGAUGACAUGGUCACGCACCGGUUCAAAGGGUUGGAGAAUGCCCGGCGGGCGUUCGAGCUGGCGAGUAGGACCGUCGAUGACGAGGGGAACCUAGUGUUGAAGGUUGUUAUCGAGGCUUAGGUCUACAAAAAGCGGCUGGUGGAUACCCCCAAUUCUGCGCUUGUCUGAUUUUCUAGGGGUCGCUCUUCCCCCGUUAAUAUUCCUGGGCCUUCCAAAUCAUGAGCAACGAUUAUAGAAGAA